GAAGAAUAAAGUAUUGUUGAAAAAAUAUAUAAAUUCAAUUCUGAUAAACAAGCUAAUAAGAUGCUGUAAGAUUUUGACAGUUGAUAUUUUAAAAUUAUUCUAUUGUCGUUCUCGGUCGUUCCAAAGCAAAAAAUCAUAGGAUUUGUUAUUCCAGAAAACAAUCAAAAAAAGAUAUUAAAAAAGCAAUAGAAAAGUUUUUUUUUAAUACGAUUAAAAAAAACAAAUUGUCGAAAUCCGAAAUUCUACAGAUUUUUCAUAGAACCAAAAAUCUUAUAACUGACGAAAUCGUAAGAAAAGAAAGCAUUUAUACUAUUAUAGAAUCGACUGGAUGGUCCCUAUUUUAGAAUAUUACCUUUUUUUUGAGAGCUUCAUCAGGUCAUAGAAAAUAUUAACUGAUUAACUGAAAAGAUUAAACUAAAAUACAAUUUAUAGAAUCAAAGAAGGAAACAUUUCCACUGAAUUUAUUGUCGGUUAGUAUUUUCUAAUCCAAAAAUUUAACAAUUUCCUUUGAGACUUCAACUAUACUCAAAGUGACUAAAUAAAGAAAUUUGCACUUUCAGUUAGAAAACUUUUCUUAUAAAAAACUCUUGUCUCUCGAGCUUUAAAAUUCUCCAAAGAGAGUCGAAAGUUCUAAGAAAACGGAAAAAAAUGCUUAAGAAACAAGUGUCUAAAACAGUCAGGAAGAUUAAUAACAAUAGGCAGUAAUUUUAAUUGAAUUUUAAACAAAAAUCGUACUAUUUGUAUGCCGAAAUUGUGCAAUUUAUCUUCGUCCAGCAUUUUAAUGGUCCAAUUUUUUUUUAAUUUUCCAGUUAAUCCUAAAAUAGUUUUCACUAAGUGAAUUUUAAUAUUUUUUGGGAGAUGUUUUGACUUUAAAUGACUGAUACACCCUGUCUACAUGGGAAACUCUUUAUAAAUAAGAUACGUAUACAUAUAGUAUUCUCUCGUUCUCUCUCUCUUCACAUCACGGUAAUGAACAACUUUGAUAACAAGUAGUCUUCUGUGAUUGAAGAGAUGUGAGUAACAUAAAUGUAUUUCAGUCGAUCUUUAGGCUCGGUUCUGAAAUGCUAGAAUUUUUUCUGCUUCGCCAGUGUACGCAAAAAAUAAAUGAAUUAGUUACGAUGCAUCGAAAAAUAUAAUUUCCAGUUUGUUUUAUUUUGUCUGUGUAUUAAUAGGGGAAUGAUUAUAAACAUUGUAGUGUAAAAGGUACUCACGACUAAAUCGCACGUGAUUAGACAGUUAUAUUGUUUUGAUUCACCAUAUUUAGUUACAUUAAAUAUGUGGCACAAAUGAUUAGAAGUCUCUGAGUGUCUUUUAAACAAAGUGAAGAAGUACUUUCUUAGGAAAAUUACGUUACUAAAUGGUGUGGAUUUUAUUUAUUGAAUUUAUAAGUGGAAUUUUCCAAUCUUAGGGAUCACAAAAAUGUACUAUUCAUUCCUAUUUUCGGAUUAAUUCUUUACGCAAAAGUCCUUUUUACAUCGUACGUGUACAGUGUUUAGCAAAAUAAAUUUAUAGUUGAGCUCCUCCUAUUGAAUAACUUUAAUAAAAAAAAGGAAAGGUUAAAAAUUCUUAUACUGCUCCCAUUUUUGCAUUAAUGAAUAAUUCAUUGCAUAAUAGUGGAUAGGUAUCAUGUAAAGUGAUAUAUAUUAUAUGGUGGAUAUACUACAUAAAUGUAUGUGUACACAUAAACAAUUUCUGGUUUCUUGAAAAAAAAAAUAAAGUAAUUACUUUGCAUUGACUAUAUUAAUCGGCCGAUGUUAGAUGAAAAACGUAAUAGACCAUUGAAUCAAACGUGAUAAAUCCCCAGACAUGUGAUAGGAAGUGAUAAUGAAUAUACGUUCUAUCGUUAUUUUCAAAGAAAAGAAUUCUUAUGUACAACGGCUGCAGUGAUUUAAUAUUAGAACCAAAGUGUUGACUAAUGAAAUUUGAUUGCCGCCUAGAACAAGUAAUCAAAGAGUUAUAUUGCUAAAAUGGUAGCAAAAUCAGCAGCUCUCAAAGAAUUUCUUUCACUGGAGAGUGCAAGUAAAAGAAGUAGUGUCUACGUUGAUCCUGAUCGUGAGGUAUUCUUUGAGCUACCCCUGUAUAUACCGACAAAUGAAAGUGUGACGAAAUGUUUUAACUUAUUUGAAGGAAAAAAGGCCACAUUAAAGUCAUUCAGUGAGGUUCAACAACUCAUACAGCAGGGCAAGAAACGAGAAGUAAAGACAACGAUUCGUGAAAAUUCUUGGCCAAUAAAUUCGCCAAUCAGAUCUCAGUUGUGGCCGGCUCUCUGUAGUCAACAUCAAAAUGGAAAAAGCAUGUUGGAUGGAUUCUAUUGGGAUAUGGUUAAUCAGGUGUUUGGUACAACAGAACUGCCGGAUAAACCAAUAAUGCUACCUCCUUUUGUGGAUUCAACCCACUGCCUUCCAUAUCACUUGACAAGAAAGGGAAGAGCUGUAGCGGAUCGCGUUGUCAGUGUUCUGGGUUAUGCGUGCCCUGAUAUCACCUACAGUCCAUCACUAUAUCCGAUAACAUCUCUACUCUUACACUUCAUGUCUGAAGAAGAAUGUUAUCACUGUAUGGCAAGUCUAGUGGCUGCCAAAGAGAAGGUAUUCAUCACGCAAACGAAAUUGCUACAUGAAGUGACGUGGAAAACUGUGAUGCAAAUAGCCAAGAAACAUGCGAAAGCAGCAGUGAUGCACCUGCAACGACUAUGUCCUGGUCAGAAGAUUGAGAGAAUUUUCAUGGACUGGAGCUGGUGGGUUUUGGGCGGUCUCCCUUUUCCGCAUUUGGUCCGAGUAAUGGAUUGCUACUUUCAAGAAGGGAUCAAAGUAUUCUAUCGCGUUUCUCUUGCCAUUCUCAUUCUCUUCCAAAAGAAUAUAACAUCAUCGAAUUCCGAAUGGAAUUCGGAAACUGUGAAGAAUGACAUUGAUAACGCUAUACCCAAAUUUUGUAAAUCAAUUCCUGUCUCACCGACAAAAUUGCUAAGAACGGCAUUCAAUAUCAGAGCACUUAGCUCAACAUAUAUUUCAAGGGUGUUCCUUAAGACUGAAAUGGUCCUGAAGAGUAGAUCGGUUCUGAGUGGAUCCAAACAACUGGUUCGAUCGCGUUCUAGCGAUAACUUACCAACAAGUCAAUCACAAGUGAACAUUCAAAUGAUGUCACACACUUUAACAAUUCGAGAGGGAGCCCAUUCCCCUGAUGCAAGAGUUCUUGCUAUGGGAGUCUUUCCCAUUCAAUCGAUUAAAAGUCAAGUUCUUGAUCAAGAUGAUCUUUUUACACUCUGGAGUUGGCUGCCAGUAAGGAUCACAAUGUACCAACCGGUGCUUCUCUAUACCACCGAAGAACACGGAUGCUCAUUGACGACGUUUUACGUACGAGUUGAACAACAUGAACCGACAUUGCUUAUGAUUAAAACAUGCAACAAUGAGGUCUUUGGUGCAUACUGCUCAUCGAGAUGGUUCGAGAGGAAUGUAAAGGAUGACAAGGGGCAGAAGCAGGCGUAUUUUGGAACUGGUGAAACAUUCUUAUUCUCACUGUAUCCUGAACGUGCAAAAUACCCAUGGGUAGGCAUCGAGGGUGAUACGAGACAUGGUCAUGCGUCUGAAUUAUUUAUGGCGGCCGAUGCUAAAAUGAUAACAAUUGGAGGAGGCGAGGGGCAGGCCAUUUGGAUGGAUGAGAACAUCCGAUAUGGGAAAACGGACAAAUGUCAUACAUUCAACAAUCCACCGCUCUGUGCAUCUGGAGAUUUUGAAAUUCGCGUUCUCGAAGUGUACGGCUUUGUGGGAGUUUAAAAAAAUGCGCGCAGUCAAGCAGGAAAUAAAGGAGAUACAACACCUGAAGAUAAGUAUGUAUAAAUUAUAUUUUAGUUAUUUCGAAUGAAUGAAAAAACAAGAUGAAUUAAGAAGGCUUCUACCGGGAUUAAAUUGCUGCAAUAUUAGCGAUUAGAAAAUGAAAAGUUAAAAAAAAAUUGAAUUAAAUUGACUACAAUAUGAGAUGGAAGGAAAUAAUUUCUAUUUGUUUUAGAGAUCUAAUUUCUUUCGGUUGUUUUUUUUGUGAAUUAAAAGAAUUAUAUCGACUACUUUUGUAUAUAUUCAUUUCUCAUUCUUUCUCUAUACAUUUACAUGCAUAUAAUAUAUUUAGUAGUGUUGCAAAAAAAGUUGUUUUUUUUUAAACGAACAUUUAAAAGAAUUUUUGAAAAGAAAAAACCCAAAAAAUGCAUAUUAAAUAAAAUAAAAACAGAAAACUAAAAAAAAUGGAGCAAAUCAAAAUAAGGGAUUUAUGCUUGAUGUGAAGCAUAAAUGCAACGAAAUAAACAUAAAAGUUCACAUCGAGCAAAAUGCAUCGCAUUGCGAUUUGUAAAUUUGUUCUUUUUCGAAUUGUUAUUUUUUUUUCCUGAUAUUUACACUCUAUAUCGCUCAAUAUUUAUUAAAUGUUAGCAAAAUGAAAAAUUAAAAUAAAUUAUACAAUGCAUAUUUCAUAGGUAUAUUGCUGUGCGAUUCAUAUCACGAACAAUCAUUGUUAUGUUUAAUAUUUUGUUCAAGCUAAAAAAAAAAGAUUAUUUAGAAGGAAAUGCCGGUAAAUGAAAAAGCAAAAGUGAAUACAAAAUCAUUCCAGCUGAAGAAGAGCGAAAUGUUACAUUUUCUUUUUCGAACUUUGUGAAAACAAUUUGAUAAAUUGUAUGGAAAAUUUCUAAUGCUAAUGUGAACGGAUGUUUUGAUGGCAUAGAGGAAAACUACGCCCGAACUACUGAGGAAUUCUAUAUACCCUUAACAUCAAAUUACGAAGGACUGUUCACAAAAAAAUCUAACUAAGAAUUAUAUUGCUUUAAUGUGCGUCAAAAUUUGCAUUUCUUGCUUUUUCCAGUAACUUUACGUCAUAUAAAUUGAUAAAAUAGCAAUAAAGCUACAUUAACACACAAUUUUUAUUAUAAAGAAUGGGCAAGGGAAUUUAUUGAAAAAAAAGGAUAAUUUGAUUAUAGAGGGAUUUCGUGUCUGUAUUCAUAGACUUCAAUUAUUACCUACUUUAUUUUAUAGUCUUGAAUAAUUUUCUCGAUUUACGCAAAGUUUUCUGUAAACUUUCCCAGAGUUUUUGCAAAAAAAUUUUUUUUUGUAGAACACGUUUUUAAGAAAAAUUCACAGCUAAAAAAAUAUUAAGACUAAAUACUUUCUUUCGUGAGUUAUGUGAAAAUUCUAAAUUUGCUAACUGAAUUCUUGAGCCCGAAUAUAUUAAAAGACAAACAAAUAAAAAAGCUCUGAAUGUUCCAACUAAAAUUAGACGAGACUUAAGUCUGUGAAGAAUUACAAAAAAAAUAAAGCCAUUUUCUUGUUGACCUGCAUAUAAGUAGAUUGAACAGUUUUAGCCCAAAUUUUAUCACUCGGGUCGAUGCCAAUUUUUUAAUGAAUAUAUAUGCCGACAUAGUACACAUUAUAGGCAUACAUGGUACGGUCCACUUGUAAUUAAGAAUACACACCUCUACCUACUCAUAAAAAAACAUAUUUAUUCACCCAUGAAAUGUACAUACAUACCUUAAGCUUUCCUUAUUGGAAAUCUAUAAUUUUACCUAUUUUUAUUCAUUCUGUUUUUAGUUGAAAUUAUUGAGGAAGUAAUUAAUCUAAAGCAUGUUAGCAAGAUAUUUUAUAUAUCUGUGUUACAUAAAAGCUUACAACCUAGUCAUAUAAAAAAAAACAUUAUAAAAAUUAAACAUUUUGCUGGAAAAUGAUAAGAAAUUCUUGAAAUUACGCGACAAUUUAGUAAGAAAAAAAAUUACAACAUAUUUAUUCAACAGAUGCAAUAAACAUCUCUUUUAGUGUGUCACCGAUAAAUAUGUCACUAGAAGUGAAGAAAAAAUUACACCAUUUAGCAAAAAAAAAAUUGAGAAGAAAAAUUAAAAUAGGACUAUUUAAUGGUGUGACAUUUUUUGUGAUUUAACUUGCGAUACUCAUGCGAUGUUUUGGGUAUUACAUUCCUUAGUUUCUUGUCUAUAUCCACGAAAAUUCUGCGUAAGAGGAAUGGAGAGAAAAGAUGAAUAUUACAAGAUAAAAGUCUUAAUCGGUUGCUGCUGAAAGGAACAAAUUACUCCCAAAAUAAACGAAAUGUUUUCUCGGAAGAAACUCGAGAAGCUUUUUCUUUAGCUAAUUUUUACAUAUUUUUUUUUGUUGUGAGUCUAUAUAAUUUGAAAACUAAAUAUCCUAAUUACAAUAUACAAAUUGAUUAACAGAAAAUUAAAAAUAAUUUUGCUUUCAUAUGGGAAAAAACCCCGAAAAUAAAAGUGGUCGUGUGCGUUAGUGAAGCAUCAUUGUGUUUCCUUUUCGUAUUCACAUAUAAUUUAAUUACUUGGGCUUUAAUAUUUUAAAUGCAGAGAAAGAUAAAGUUGAGAUUAUUGACUUAUGUGACCCACUUGAACAAAGAAAAAUUAAAGCAUCAGAACCUGAUAAAAAUUAUUACAGAAUUUUUAUAAACAAACUUAUCAAGCAGAACCGAUUAUGUAUUCUCUUUGUUUUGAAUAAUUCUCUCAUUUCCCAAACAAAUAUAAAAAAGAAUUAAGGACAGGGCUUCUCUUUCUUAUUUGCUAAAAGUAUUAUAUGUUUAAUUGAUUUAUGUACUGGAGAACAAAUUUAUCAUAAACUACCAUUUCAUCUAAAUAUCGCAAAGAUAUUUCUCUUGAAAAGAAAAAGUAUUAAUAAUGUUAAAUAUAAAAAAAAACAUUACAAUGUGAGAUACAAACAUUACGUGAGAUACAACCAUACAUAUUUAAUCCGUGGAAAAUUAUAUACUAAAAUAUAUUAAAUUAGAAAAUAAUAAAUAAGACGAAUCACACAGUAGAUUGUUUUUUUGGAGAAGAAAAAUAAUAAUGUAGUGAUGAAAAAUGUAAAAGAAUUGAAAUAUUGUGAAGAAAUGUUAGAAGAAAAAGAUUAAUAAAAAGUGAAAUAUGGUGAUAAACCAAGUCAUAUAGAGGAAAAAAAAGAUGAUAAAAUGCUUACUUGCAAAGAGAAAUCCCUAUUUGUUUUAUCUUAAAUGGAACAUUUAAUAAUUUCUCACAGAGGAGGUCCAUUUGAGGACAAAAGACUCACCACGUGAUCCACACAAAUUUCAGAGAGCAUUUCAAUAAAUCACAGCUAAAUUGCCACGCAAAUUCAAUAACUAAUAUAAAUCAGAUUUAUAUAUCUAUUAAAAAAAACAUUCAAUGUAAUAUUUAUUGAUGAAAACUUUGUUAUCUUGACUAUAUUGACAUUUAUCAAUUAAUUGUUAAUCAAUGUUGUCUCCUCAGUGUCACGUAAUUGUGAAUUUAUCUCAUCUAAUAAUAUUGGAUGUUUGUGUAUUUUGUGCGCUCUCUUAACUAUUUUUGUGAAAGAAAAAUCAGAGACAUUGAAAAUCACAGCUAAAAAGUGAAAAAAAUCCUUACUGAAGUAGGAGAUAUACAAGCAAGUUUACUGGAACAAGGAAGACGUCAAUGACUGAUAAGAAUAUUAAUUUAUGCUCUUGAGUUUUCCCAUCGUAUAGCGCCACUUUGGAUAAAAACUUAAGAAAAAAAAGAGACAAUUCAAGCUCAAACGGCUCAUGUGAGAGCUUUUUAUAUCGGAUUGGUUCAAUAUAAAUCAUAUCAAUUGAUAACAACGAUGUAAUCAGGAGAAUAAAGUUCUCCAUUUUUUAAUUUUAAAUUAAAUAAAAAUGAAACUGAUUUAUUCUUCAUUUUGUUUCAAGAUUUCUUUUUAUAUCUUAUAACUUGAACAAAGACUAUAAUUUGCAAAUGAAAAGGAAUCUUUAACAGUGAACUGAUUUAAUAAAUAUUCUUUAGUAAAUUCCCCUAAAAUUCUACGUCACCGUUGUUCCAUGUAAACUUCAGUAUAAUUCAGUAUAGAAUAAAUAGCAAGAAUAGCAUCACAGAGAAGAAUUAAUUAGCAAACAACUAUUAAAUUAUUCUUCUGAAAUUAAAAAAAUCAAAAUUUACACAAUAAUUGAAAAUGUGUUUUACAAUAAAUUUAUCAAUAAACCCCCAAUAAUUACAACAUUUAUUGCAUAAAAUAUUGAGAUAAAACUAGUCCAUCGAUGUGUUUGCUAAUUAAAAUUGUAAUAUUUGCUGUGCGUCAUAAAAAAAACAGAGGCAGAAAUAGAUAAAUUGCAUAUUAAAAAAAAACAAUACACCACUCUAUUUUCAUUAUUCAUUAUUUUCUUAUUAAGUCCUAUAAUAAUUUUCAUUGAGAAUUACUAAAAAAAAAAAAGAAUGCGAAAAAAUGUGUGUUCAAUUUUAUUUUUUUGUUUUAUAAUAACCUCUAGUCCUUGCUACUGAAAGAAUGAACAGCACAUGAAUUACAAAAAAAGGAAGAAAUAUUUAUGAUUUGUUUUAUUUUUAUUCCUUCAAUUUGUUUCUUUUACCAUAAUUCCAGUGGAUCCAGUAAAAUGAAUUAUUUUAUGUAUGAAGAUGUUUUAAAUUAAUUUUCAUAUUUGGGUAAUAGGUUUAUGGAGGAAAGUAAAGAAAAAAGAUUAUAUAUAGCUUGUUAAUGUGUAAUUUAUUAAUUUCUAGUUGAAUUAGAUUAAAAACAAAAGAAGAAAAGAAAGUUUUAAAACGUUAUUUAUGAUGAAGAUAUCUGCAAUACAAAGUGAGAUAUAUAAUACAAUUAAUUUGUAAUAAAUGUUAUAAAAUUGAAAAUGUAUGAGUAUAUAGUAUUAUUUAGAUGUACAAUAUUAAACAAAAAAUUCUCGAAGAAUAAGUUGAAAGAAAAUAAAAGAUUCUGUUCGAAAAUACUAAA